AUGUCGAUUCCAUUCUCCAGCACCCACUACCGAAUUCCACAAGGAUUUGGGAAUCUUCUUGAAGGGCUCACACGUGAGAUUCUGAGGGAGCAACCAGACAAUAUACCAGCUUUUGCAGCAGCAUAUUUUGAGAAUCUUCUAGAGAAAAGAGAGAAAACCAACUUUGAUCCAGCAGAAUGGGGGACUAUGGUAGAUGACCGCUUCUAUAACAACCAUGCAUUCAAGGAGCAAGAACCACUGGAGAAAUGUGAGCCUGGAAAAGAAAAGUCUCAGACAUCUAUGAAAGAGGUGACAGCCUUACAUCAAAAUAUGAGAUGCCUAAGAAGUCUCUUACUUUUUCUCCUUUCUGAGAAUGAAUCUUCUGAAGAAGACAAGGACAUGGAGGAAAAUGCUGCUCUCAAAAUCCAAGCAGCCUUCCGGGGACACUUAGCCAGAGAGGAGGUAAAGAAAAUGAAAUCGAGUGAUCUUCAAGAAAAAACAGAGGAAAACGAGUGAGGAGACUGGCUUUACCCCCCAGAAAACAUGAAAAAAUCCAAAUCCAUCAACCUUGUUGUGACUGUCUUUUUUUCUUAAUAAGUGAGAUUUGAUGUAGUGAAAUAACAUUUGUUGCCAUUGUGAAAAUCUGUCGUGAGCAUUUGUUUAAUAAACAUGCCAUUGAACACAUGCCUCUUGAA